ACAAUGGCCCAGCUAUACUACAAAAAGGUAAACUACUCGCCGUACAGAGAUCGGAUCCCACUACAGAUCGUGCGAGCGGAGGCAGAGCUCUCAGCGGAAGAGAAGGCCUACCUCAGUGCUGUGGAGAAGGGGGACUAUGCCAGUGUGAAACAUGCCUUACAAGAGGCAGAGAUCUACUACAACAUCAACAUUAACUGUAUGGAUCCUCUUGGUCGCAGUGCCCUUUUAAUAGCCAUAGAGAAUGAAAAUCUGGAGAUCAUGGAGUUGCUUUUGAGCCACAGUGUGUAUGUGGGAGAUGCUCUGCUGUAUGCAAUACGGAAAGAGGUGGUGGGAGCUGUGGAGCUGCUGCUGAAUUACAGGAAGCCGAGUGGUGAAAAACAGGUUCCAACGUUGAUGAUGGACACCCAGUUUUCAGAAUUCACACCAGAUAUCACCCCAAUAAUGCUGGCGGCUCACACCAACAACUAUGAAAUCAUCAAACUGCUUGUCCAAAGACGGGUAACAAUUCCACGCCCACACCAGAUCAGAUGCAACUGUGUGGAAUGUGUCUCCAGUUCGGAGGUGGACAGCCUGAGGCAUUCCAGGUCAAGGCUGAACAUCUACAAAGCCUUAGCCAGCCCUUCGUUGAUUGCCUUAUCAAGUGAGGACCCCAUCUUGACGGCCUUCCGACUGGGCUGGGAGCUGAAGGAGCUCAGCAAAGUGGAAAAUGAGUUCAAGGCUGAAUAUGAAGAGCUUUCACAGCAGUGCAAGCGUUUUGCUAAGGACCUUUUGGAUCAAGCACGGAGUUCCCGAGAACUGGAGAUCAUUCUUAAUCACAGAGAUGAUCAGAGUGAAGAGCUGGAUCCCCAAAAAUGUCAUGAUUUGGCAAAGCUAAAGGUAGCAAUAAAGUAUCACCAGAAAGAGUUUGUUGCUCAGCCAAACUGCCAACAGCUACUAGCAACACUUUGGUACGACGGUUUUCCAGGAUGGAGGCGGAAACACUGGGCAGUAAAACUCUUGACCUGUGUCACCAUUGGACUGCUAUUUCCUGUGCUAUCUGUGGCAUAUCUGAUUGCACCGAAGAGCAGGCUGGGACUGUUCAUUAAAAAGCCAUUUAUAAAGUUUAUCUGCCACACCGGCUCUUACCUAACCUUCCUCUUCAUGCUCCUGCUGGCAUCACAGCAUAUCGUCAGGACUGACCUUCACAUGCAGGGACCACCUCCCACCAUCGUGGAGUGGAUGAUCCUGCCCUGGGUUCUAGGUUUUAUCUGGGGAGAAAUCAAGGAAAUGUGGGAUGGAGGAUUCAAUGAGUACGUACAUGACUGGUGGAAUCUGAUGGAUUUUGCAAUGAACUCCCUCUAUCUUGCAACUAUUUCCCUUAAAAUUGUUGCCUACGUCAAGUAUAACGGUUCUCGUCCAAGGGAGGAAUGGGAAAUGUGGCACCCGACUCUCAUUGCAGAAGCCCUUUUUGCAAUAUCCAACAUUUUAAGUUCCUUGCGUCUCAUAUCCCUGUUUACAGCAAAUUCACACCUGGGACCCUUGCAGAUUUCUCUGGGACGCAUGCUGCUAGACAUCCUUAAAUUCCUUUUUAUCUACUGUCUGGUGCUUCUGGCUUUUGCCAAUGGACUGAACCAGCUUUAUUUUUAUUAUGAGACCAGUGCCUCGGAGGAACCCAACAACUGCAAGGGGAUCCGAUGUGAGAAACAGAACAAUGCCUUCUCCACACUUUUCGAGACGCUCCAGUCACUCUUCUGGUCUGUGUUCGGUCUGCUGAAUCUCUACGUCACCAACGUGAAAGCCAGACAUGAGUUUACAGAAUUUGUUGGGGCCACUAUGUUUGGGACCUACAAUGUCAUCUCCCUUGUUGUGCUGCUGAACAUGCUCAUAGCCAUGAUGAACAACUCCUACCAACUCAUUGCU